AUGUCGAGUCCAGAAGAAACUACGCAUCAUGUGACCAAAACAAAGUAUCCAGGUCCAAAUAAAGAGAUAUGGUGUUGGUAUCAGUGUAUGGUGAAAGGUGGUAAUGUUUAUCAGUUGGCUACUAUUUGUGAAGUAAUGGGAGCAGGAGGAAUUGUAUCGAUAAGGAUGGUACAAAUUCAGGUUCCUAUCAUUGCUUCAAGUGGAGCCGGUAAUGAAUUUCAUUGA